AUGCUUAUUUGUACGUGCAUUCUAGUUACUGAUUUUGUAGGUGCUUGUUCGAUGACCAGCGAAGGUGACUGCCCAAUUGAAUUGUGGGUUCGCGCUGGAUGCGAUGGCGUCCGUUUGGGUGGCUGUCCACUCUGUCAUCAGGUUUUCAUGACCUUGCUGAUCAAAGGCCAGGAUCAUCGGAUUAGUUUCAAGGUCAAGACCACAAACCCGUAUAAAGCGCAGCCGGAAUUCCGUGCUUUGGGAUUUAGGCACGUGCCGGCGUUUGUUCACGACGACGUUUUGAUCGAUCAGCCGGACGAAAUAUUGGAGUACAUCGAUAAGAUAUUGCCUGUCCCGGACCUUCAGUAUCAUAAUUCUGAAGCCGAUUCGGCCGUAAAAGACUUGUUUUCGAAGUUUUGCUUCUACAUCAAAUCUCUCAGUAAAGACCCUGCUCACUUGGAAGCGGGUUUGAGAAAGCUCGACGAGUUUUUGGAAAAGAACAAUACUACUUACCUUUGCGGUCCGAACGUUACGCACUUGGAUUGCCAAAUUUUACCAAAAUUACAUCAGAUGCGUAUCGUACUUAAGUACAUAAAGAACUACGAAAUGCCAUCAUCGCUUAGAAGCCUAUGGAAGUAUCUGGAAGCAGGUUAUAAUAUCGAAGCAUUCAGACUGUCGUGCCCUUGUGAUGAAGAAAUUAUUUUGCACUGGGUCGAUCGACCGGAAGUACCUAACGUUUCGAGCUCCGAGUACAAGCGGUUGUCGAGAGGUACAACGACGUAUUCUUUCCACUUAUCUGCCUAG